GCGCAUGCUCAAUCACGGUGUGUUCGUAGAAGAAACUGAGUAAAGUUCAUCAGUGAGGUCUGCAUGGUGCAGUGUCUUCAGCAGCUGUGUGUUCGACCUCAGGCUGGACAGUGGGCGUGUUGUAGGUCACCAUGGUUUUGAAUCCAGUGAUCUCCAAGCUGAGUGGGAAGUUGGUGGUCCUGGCCAGUGCGUCUCCCAGGAGACUGGAGAUUCUCACCAACGUGGGUUUGCGGUUUGAGGUUGUACCAUCCUGGUUCAAGGAGACUCUGGACAAGAGGCUGUUCAGCGCUCCACAUGAGUAUGCUGUCGAGACAGCUAAGCAGAAGGCCCUGGAGGUUGCCAAGAGGAUGCCCCUUAAACACUUGAAGACACCUGAUAUUGUGAUCGGAGCAGACACCAUAGUGACAGUGGAUGGGCUGAUUCUUGAGAAACCAGUGGACAAGCAAGAUGCUUACAGGAUGCUCUCAAGGCUCAGUGGGAAAGAGCACAGUGUGUUCACUGGAGUAGCAAUUGUCCUCUGCCAGGAUAAAGAAGAUGAAGAGGUUGACUACCAGCUCAUAGACUUCUACGAAGAGACAAAGGUGAAGUUUGCAGAUCUGUCUGAGGAUAUGCUGUGGGAGUACAUCAACAGUGGAGAGCCCAUGGACAAAGCUGGAGGUUAUGGUAUCCAGGCGCUGGGUGGGAUGCUGGUGGAGUACGUCCACGGAGACUUCCUCAAUGUGGUCGGCUUCCCUCUCAACCACUUCUGUAAGCAGCUGGACCUCCUCUACAACCGGCCCCCCUCCAGCCUGGACCUCAACGGCCCCCCCACCACCCACAGCAGCACUCAGACCACGCCAACCCUUGCCAACCCUCCACCUGCCAACGUCACCAACCACAGUCCACCAGCCAGCCCGGCGUUCACAAGCUCUACAGCUAACCCUAGCCCACCAGAAAGCCCUUCCCUCUCCAGCCCCCCAGCCAAUCAGGCUCACCACGGCCCUCAGGAUAGCCAAUCACACAGUCCCCCAGCCAAUCUAGUCAACCACAGUCCCCCAUCCGGUUUAGCCCACAACAGUCCCACAUCCAGUCCAGCUCACAAGGUAAAGAAAGAAGAUGGGGUGAACUCUCUGGGCGAUGUGUCCUGGACUCAGAUCAACAGCCUUUCCAAGUGUUCAGAGAAUAGAGAGGUCAAUCUCCAUGGCGGUGAUGGUGCAGAUCCUGUGGUGGCCAGCAGGGGGCCUGUGAACAGCCUGAACCAAGUCGAGCAGGGGGAGGGAGAGUCUAGCCUGGAGGACCCCCAUCUCCAGAAGAUGAUUGAGCUAAUGGAUGGCUUUAAAGCUUCUAAGGCCCUGUUCACCGCCUCCAAGUUGCGUGUGUUUGACGUGCUAGAGGCCCGGCCAGGGCAGGGGGCAGUGGAGGUGGCCCAGGAGAUCCAGGCCUCGGUGAAGGGGACCGAACGACUGCUGGAGGCCUGCGUCUCCCUGGGACUGCUGGACAGCCACGAGAGAUUGUACCAGAAGCCUGUAUAUGAGAACACGGACAUGGCCAGACGAUUCCUGCUGUCCCACGCCCCUCACUCACUGCAGGGCUACAUCCAGCACUGUAACGAGCUGGUCUGGCCCCUCUUCACACACCUGGAGGGUGCCGUGAGGGACGGGACCAACCAGCAUGAGAGGGCCUUCGGAAAGAAGUCCGACAACCUGUUUCAGGGUUUCCUCCAUUGUGUCGUGUCUUUAAAGGAUGCAUACUACAGCAGGCACGAAGUCAAGCUGCGCUUCAUGAAUGCCAUGCACAGUAUCGCCAAGGUUACUGGGGGUGUCGUGGCGACAGCCUUCGACCUGUCCGGUUUUAAAACGGCCUGUGACUUGGGAGGGUGCACUGGUGCCAUGGCCUAUGAGUUUACCAAGGCCAACCCUGGUAUGACUGUGACUGUGUUUGACCUCCCUGCAGUCAUAGAGAUGAGUGGCCACUUCCGGCCCGUGGACAUAGACAGCAGGGUCUCAUUUGUCACUGGAGAUUUCUUCAAGGACGCUCUCCCUAAAGCAGACCUUUACAUCCUUGGGAGAAUCCUCCAUGACUGGACAGAUGAAAAAGUACAUGCCCUUCUGAGUAAAAUCUCAGAUGCCUGUGCCCCAGGCAGUGGAGUGCUCCUGAGUGAAAUCUUCCUGAGUGAGGAUCGCCGCGGGCCCAGCCGGGGGCUCCUUCAGGCCCUCAGCAUGAGUGAGGGACGCCAGCGCAGCGCCACUGAGUACACCCUCCUCCUGAAAACGCACGGCUUCACCACCAUGCACAUCCAGUUCACACACAGCCUCCUGGAUGCCAUGCUCUGCCUCAAAGACUGACCGCCGUCACCCCCCCACCACCACUGCCUCCACCACUGCCUCCCAAACAAAACAUUUUACCUGUUUUAAUACCCAAUGUACUAUACAAUAAGGUGGGUCCGUAAAGAGAUGGGCUAUGAAACUGACACUUCAGGAAGACAAUUAUCUCUACAGAAAUGUUUAAGCUUCUACUGUUUGGCUCUUGUAAAUUAACUUUUUUUUCAGAGUCCGAAUGAUUGUGUCAUAAACAUGAUGUAAGAUAUGCAAUAGACAGUCAUGCCAGUCACAAUUAAGCGAUGGAACCACUUGGAUACUACAUCCCUUGCUAUUUGACAAUACAAUUACACUACAAUACAGUGAACUAUUAGUGGUAAUGAAGAAUUCUGCUUCUCUUCAAAUACAGAAAUAAACAUUUCUAUUUCAAAUGUGUUAUCUGGCCUGUGC